ACGGCAUUGCUUUAGGUGUACGGCAAAUGGCGGUUGCGUCAAGGAUGAUGAGGUGGCUUCAAUGGGGGUCAGCGAAGAACAAGAAGUACGAGGUCCGAUUGGUGGUGCAUCGGAUCGAGGGGCUGCCGAAGAAAUCGGCGGUCGCGGCAGUGGAGGUGAAGUGGAGGGGGCCGAAGACGGUGCUAAAAUCGCUGCGGCGCGACCGGGUGAGGCGGAGCUGGACGCGGGAGGAGGAGGUCCGGGAAGGGGGCGUCGUGGUGUGGGACGAGGAAUUCCUCAUCGCCUGUACCCUCACCGCCCUCAAGGGCGACGCCGCCGCCUUCCUCCCUUGGGAAAUCGCCUUCACCGUCUACUCCGGUUUAAAUGAAGGUACUAAGAAUAAGAACACGGUGAUUGGAGAGGCUUCUUUGAACCUUGCAGAGUUUGCUUUGACUACUGAAGGGAAGGAGAUUGAGACUGCUGUUCCUUUGUCUCCUGCAAGUGUUGCUUCUGAGUUUCAGCCAACAUUAAAAUUGACAUGUUGCUUACUAGAGUUAAGGAAUGUCUAUGAAUCAGCAGAGGUUGUGCAGAAUCAUGUAGUUCCUGUUCUAUCUUCACCUCCUAUCUCUGAUGCUUUCCGUUCUGAAAAUAAUAAAUUUCCUCCUAGUAAACCUGGAUAUAGAAAAAUUGGUAUACUAAAAGCUCUAGUUUUGUGUCGAAAACCCAAGAAGACAGUGUGUCAGAUUGGUUACAUCAGUGAUGAGAAUUCUUCUCAUAGGAACAUUUCCACACGGAUAAAGUGCUCUUCUGGCAUAGAGUCACUCAAUGAUGACCAUGAAGAUGUAAAAUCUAUUACGGGGGAUUCCAGUGAAAGGAAAUCCUUCAACUAUGGAACUUUAGCAUAUGCAAACUGUAUGACGGAAUUAUUUACUACGGGAAUGAUGACAAAGGACAAUGAGGGGUUGAUUUAUUAUAGUCAGCAGAACUCAGGUACCGGUCAAUCACAUAUUGAAGAGAAAAAGAUGUUUGUGUCUGAACAACUUAUUUCCAACACAUCAAAGAGAACUAUCCUUUCAUGGAGCCUUAGCUUCAGAUAUACAAAGAAUAAAGAGGAGCCUCUUUUAAAGAAAUCAAAUGCAGCAGAGGGUGGUGAUGACAUUGAUUUUGUUCGGCGUCAACUAAGCUCUAUUGAAAGAUCAACAUCUCUACAGGACUGUAAUGGCAAUUCAUCGGAGAACUGCUCACCAGCACAUGACUUUGGUGAUGACAACUUUGUAGUAGGGAGAUGGGAACUGAAAGAUAUAAUAAGCCGUGACGGUCAGUCGAAGCUCCAAACCCGAGUCUUCUUUGCUUCGAUCGACCAGAGGAGUGAACAAGCAUCCGGUGAGGCUGCUUGUGCUGUUCUUGUUACCAUCAUCGCCGACUGGUUUUAUGCUAACCCCCAUGUGAUGCCUAUCAAAUCUCAAUUAGACCAACUUAUCCGGGAAGGCUCUUCUAAUUGGAGGGACCUUUGUGAGAAUUGUUCAUACAAGGACCGAUUCCAUGAUAGACACUUUGACAUUGAAACUGUCCUCGAGGCCAAGAUUCGACAUCUUUCUCUUGUCCCUGCAAAGUCCUUUGUGGGAUUCUUCCAUCCUGAUGCUGAAGCAGCUGAUGAUGGUGAAGAAUUCAACUUUCUAAAGGAGGCUAAGUCUUUUGACGAGAUCUGGGAUGAAAUCAGCCAUGCUGAAUUGGAGACCUCAGCCGCCGACGAUCCUCAUUUGUACAUUAUCAGUUGGAAUGACCAUUUUUUCAUCCUCAAGGUCGAGCACGAUGCUUAUUACAUAAUAGACACACUUGGGGAAAGACUUCAUGAAGGGUGCAGCAAGGCUUACAUCCUCAAGUUUGAUGAAACCACAACAAUUAGCAAACAGAGAAUGAAAGCCACACAGGAAGAACCCGAUAUUGUGACCUCCAAUUCUGAGGAUGAGCUCAUAUGCCAUGGAAAGGAAUCCUGCAAAGAAUACAUCAAGAGCUUCCUGGCAGCCAUACCAAUCAGGCAACUCCAAGCUGAUCUAAGGACCAGAUCGACUACCUCCACGCUAAUCCAUCAGCGCCUCCAGAUCGACUUCAUUACACUCAAGAGCUUCAAGGAGAGACCGGUGGAGCCUGUAUGAGAACUAACCGAGAAGUUUCUGUUCUUUGUUCUCCAGUGCUGCAGAGUCUGAGAUUGAACCUCAGGGAGAAGAGAGGCAACAGCAUCAUCUGAGUUGUCAUUGGCCUCCAGAACCAGACCAAGCAUUUUUUUGUUAGAACAGCAAUCCUACGAAAGUGUAAAAUGAUUAGAACAAGGAUAUCUUCCCUUUCCCCAUGUUCUUGGAGCAAGUGUAAAAUGAUUGCAGAUUGGAGUAUUGAAAGUGAUCUCUUACAAAAUAGAAUAAAGUUGUGCACAAUAAAUUCUUCUCUUGGACCCAGUAAUGCCCUUUCUG